AAUAUACGAUGUAAACAAGGUAGUUUUCCGUUUGCUCUCAUGUUUUUUGGUAGCACAGAUUAACCAAUAGCAACGUGCUGUGUAUGACGUUGUGAAAUAAACGUGUCGCACGCGAAUGAAAGUAAUCGCAGAUACAUUUAUUUGACAGGCUGAGGUUGUGGAUAUAGAGGAUUUGAUCUUUAGAAUGAAGCCAUUAGCUGAUCUUCAAGCGCGCAGCCUGGUUUUGUUAUGCGUUCUGCAAAUGUGGACUGGAUCGACUAAUUGUUGUCUAGCUCCUGGAGGUGAUUAUAGAUUCGAGCUGGAUCUGCCAAAGAAGUUUGUGGUGCCGAAGAGGGGAGUUGCUUUGAUCCCGUGUGCAUUUAGCGCUCCAAUGAGAACGCACCCUGGCCGUCAAGUUUGGUUCAGAGGCAGUCCUGAGUUUCCCCUCAGACCACAAGAGGUGGAGAGAAAAGAUGGACUCUACAGCCCAAUGAUUUCUAUAUAUUCAGAGUGCAGCAUUAUUUUGCGUAACACGCAGGACCUUUCAGGAGAGUAUGGGUUCAUGCUUGAAUGGGGAACAAAAGAAAGACAUGUUUUUCCAGACAGAGUUAAAGUGGCUCCCUGUUUUGCAAAAGUUAGUCUCACUCCAAGCACUGGAGUUUUUGUAGCUGGAGAGAAGAAUAAUUUAACCUGCAGCCUCUCAAAAAACUGCCCGGGAAGGGAUCCAAAAGUGACUUGGAAAGAGCUUGGAAAGGGCUCCAAACAAAUAAUACCCUUAAAAUAUGCAGACAAACAGAACAAAUAUUUAGGAUACUCUGAACAGCUUCUUUACACACCUGUCCCUGAAGAUCACCAAACAAAAAUAACAUGCGAGGCUACAUAUGGAAGAAAUCUGAGUGCCAGUGAUACGGUUACUUUAACAGUUCACUCUCAACCUGAGAUACUGAACAGUUCUUCAUGCACACUACAGCAGGAUCUUCUCACCUGUGUGUGCGUGAGUCAAGGUGUACCUUUGCCUGAUAUUUACUGGUCUCUAGCACAGGACGAACAUGAUUUCAUCACAGACAAAGCAUCUGACAGUCACAUGACUGUAAUAAGCACCUUCAGAAUCCACGUUGGAAACUUCACAAUCAACAGCACCAUGUGUGUCAGCAGAAGUGCUCUUGGUCUUGCAAGCAUGACCAUCCCUGUUAAUGUCGUUGAAGGUUUCAAGAAUGAAUUAAGGUGGACAAUCAAAGGCCUGGUGUUUGCUCUAUUCACUGUACUGGCAUUCUGUCUGAUGUUUAUUUGGAUAAGAGCAGCAUCUCAAAGAGUAAGACAGGUGCCCUACAACCCACUGCAAGAGAAAGCAGACACUGUAAACUGCAUUACAACAACAUGAACAAUAUCACAUAACAUGCAUUUUAUAUUUAAUGCUUUUCAUUUCAGAACAAGAGCACUUAUUUACAUUGAUGAACUGUUUUAUUUGUUUUUAAAGUCCUUUUGUUGUAAACCAGUGGUAAUUCCCUUUCUGAUGAUAAAUUAAUGUGUUUCAUAAAAGAGUUGUGUCUUAAAAACAGUUUGAGAACCAUUUAUGUAAACGUUCAAGUUUCAGACUGUUGUUGAUGGUCCACCAUUCUUAAACUGAUUGAAUACCUGAAUUAUGAGGAAUUCAGAAUUAGUUUUCUUGUUAUAAGAAAUGACUUGGUUAUAAAACAACACUGCAUUGACUCUGGAAACCUGUAAUAAAUUGUAUAUUUAUUUUUUAAACAUUAUACAAUCAUUUAUCACUGUCUCACAAAAAGAAAAUCUUAUUUCUUGGAUUCUUCAUCUUUGGAAAGAGUUUUAAUAAUUUCCUCUUUCUUUGCCUGCUGCCUUUCCUCACGGCGCUUUCUUGCCUCCCGGGUCUUUGAGCGACGGGCCUCUGCUUGAUCACUGCGACAAGAAAACACACAGAUUACCUUUUAAACUACUGUAAAGCAGAGUAAAAAUGUACAGAUUCCUGUGAGAACCGCAAGCACUGAGUGCAGUGAUGAGGAGCACACUGUAUUAUGUAGAUCACUUACGACAAAAGCUUCUUGCGGGCCUUGUCUGCUUUGAGUUUGUGAAUGUGCUCCAUCAAGAUACGUUUGUUCUUGAACACAUUGCCCUUUGCCCUCAAAUAUAAACUGUGGUACCUGAGAUAAAAACAGAAAUGGAUAAAUAAACUUAAUACCUGAUGGAUCCUCAUACACAGAAUGUAUUCUCACAAUCGCUUUGGACAAAAGCAUCUGCAAAAAGACUAAAUGUAAAUGUAUUGUAUAUGUAACAUUCAUAACUAAACCAUGGUGUAUAGCUGUUGAAUAUCAAAUGCACAAACCUAAAUAAAUUAAGAAAUUUUUGUGGGUGCCUAAGUG